GGCCCCCGUGUCCCCGGCGGGGCGGGGACGCCGGAAGCCCCGCCCCCUCCAGACCCGCCUCGCCCCGCCCCAUCGGCCGGAAGGGGCGGGGUCGGGCGUGACGUGGCGGAAUGGCGGAGCUCUACGUGAAGCCGGGGAACCAGGAGCGCGGCUGGAACGACCCCCCCCAGUUCUCCUAUGGGCUGCAGGCGCAGGCCGGGGGUCCCAGGCGAACCCCGCUCACCCGCCGGCCCCCCCCUCCGCCCGCGGGGGCCCCACCAGGUGCUCCUCCGGACCCAGCCGGUGCCCCUGCUGCCCCGUCAGCGCCGCCCCCCCGAGCGCUGAGGCCACCCCCCCUCGGGCCCAUCAGCCCUUCCCCGCGGGCAGAGAGGGGGAGGCCGAGCGCUGCGGCAUGCCUGGAGGAGCACAGCCCAGAGGAGUGCGGCGUGCCUGCCAACGCGGUCCUUGUGCCACUGAGGGAGGCCCUCGACACCUGCCGCUCCAUGGUGCCGAAACAAGUGUGCGACGACAUCGGGCGGCGGCUGACGGUGCUGGAGGAUGCGUGGGCUCAGGGGAAGCUGUCAGCCCCAGUGAGAAAGAGGAUGAACCUCCUGGUGCAAGAGCUCCAGCAACAGCACUGGGAUGCAGCUGACGAGAUCCACCGUUCGCUCAUGGUGGACCACGUGAAUGAGGUGAGCCAGUGGCUGGUGGGCGUCAAGCGCCUGAUCGCUGAGAUGAGGAGCCUGCCUGCCGCGGAGGUGGCUGCAGCAACGGAUGGCAGUGCUGAGGCUGGGCCUGGCCAGGAAGAUCCCUGAUGGCAGGGACAGGGCUGUGGACUGUGAGCAGGGCAGCCCAGGCCCACCAGGAGAAGAGUCCCUGCAGCCCAAGGGGGUCGGGGCACCUCCUCUGCCUCCCACUCCUCACCCAGGAAAAGGAGAUUUUAAUCAUUGCAACAUUUUAGUGGCGAUUCACUACAUGAUGUUUAAUAAACAGCACUAACCUG